AUGGAUUCUUCCCUAUUCCACAUUGCUAUUUUAGUAUUCAUAUCAAACUCCUUUCCCCUCACAUCAUCCCAAUCACUCUCCAAUCUCACCACUGAUCAACUAUCUCUCAUUGCCUUCAAAAACUCCAUCACCUCUUCCACCUUCCUCAACAACUGGUCCACAAAAACACCUACUUGUGAAUGGAAUGGCGUCUCCUGCAGCCAAAAACACCGCCGCGUCACCGCCCUAAACCUCCCCUCCCUCGGCCUCCGCGGAACCAUCGCUCCACAUCUCGGAAACCUAACGUUCCUCCGAGUCUUAAACAUCCCCUCAAACAAUUUCGGGGGUGUCUUACCAACUGAGCUGUCGAACCUGCGCCGCCUGCAGGAGAUAAACCUCGCGGCCAACAACUUCACCGGAGCGAUUCCGCCGUGGCUGGGAGCCUUAUCCGAGCUCCGCCACAUGAAUCUCUCGGAAAACAUGUUCUCCGGCGGAAUCCCUGCUUCUUUAUUCAAUUGCUCGAGGCUUCAGAGUCUGAACCUGAGCUUCAAUGCUCUUGAUGGAAACAUCCCAAUUGAGAUUGGUGGCCUUUCUUCACUUGAAAGAGUUAGUUUUCAAGGAAAUCAGCUGUGGGGAUCCAUACCGUAUUCUUUCUUUAACAUUUCUUCGUUGAUGGUCGUCAAUCUUGGAGAAAAUAGGCUGUCGGGAAAGCUCCCACACAAUAUUUGCAGUGGUGCUUCAAGAUUGAGAAGAUUCACUGUGUAUGAGAACCAACUUGAUGGGGAGAUUCCAAGACAUAUAGGGAAAUGCAGAGAGCUUGAGCUACUGCAGUUGCAAAGGAAUAAUUUCAAAGGCGAAAUCCCGAGUGAAAUUGGGAGUUUGAGUAUGCUAAGGGGGCUGUAUCUAUGGGAAAAUCAAUUCCAAGGUAGAAUACCAAAGCAAGUUGGGAACCUCUCUUCUCUGAUGGUGCUCAACCUUGAAAAUAAUCAUUUGUCAGGCGAAUUACCAGAAGAGCUUUCCAGUUUGACAUCUCUAACAGUAAUCCGUGUGUUCAAUAAUUCCUUAUCCGGCCCUAUCCCACCCGCCAUCUUUAACAUGUCAACCUUGCAAUUGCUAAGCCUUUCACGCAACAAGUUUUCCGGCCCUCUUCCUUCCGACAUGGGGCUUACACUUCCCAAUCUCUACCACCUCGCUCUACAAAACAACCGCCUCACCGGCCCCAUCCCUGCCUCUAUCAACAACGCUUCUCUCCUCGAAGUCUUAAUCUUGCAAUCAAACUCAUUCUCCGGCCCCAUCCCCACUUUCGCUAACCUAAACCUCCUAUCCAUGUUUGUCCUAAGCGACAACAACUUGACCUCAACUCAUGAUAUGGAGUUUCUCUCUUCACUAACCAAUUCUCAGUAUCUCAACAUUAUUGAAAUAUCAAACAAUCCAUUAACAGGCGUUCUUCCUAAUUCCGUUGGGAAUUUGUCACAAUCUCUUGAGCUUUUCCAUGCGUAUGGAACUGGUAUUAGAGGUGCCAUUCCUUCCCAGAUCGGAAACUUGAUCAGUUUGAUAGCCUUAAACUUAGGAGACAAUCAGUUGAAUGGAUCAAUUCCUUCAACAAUAGGAAAUUUGAAGAAACUCGGGAGAUUACUCCUUGCUGACAAUCAAUUGCAAGGAUCUAUUCCCAUUGAUCUUUGCAUGAUGAGUAGCUUGGCGGAGGUGUUACUGAGCAACAACGAGCUGAAAGGUCCAAUACCGGAAUGUUUGGGUGAAAUGCAAUCGCUAAGAAAGAUUGAUUUUGGAUCAAACAAGUUGAAUUUCACCAUACCUUCCAAUUUCUGGGAUCUCAAAGACCUAGUUGAUCUCAACUUGUCCUCGAACUAUUUGAGCGGUCAGAUUUCACCUCAAAUCGGAAAUCUGAAGGUGAUCAACCAAAUAGAUUUGUCCUCAAAUCUAUUUUACGGUGAUAUUCCCAGCUCGAUUGAUGGUUGUCAAUCAUUAGCAGCGCUAACUUUGUCAAACAAUAACUUUGGAGGAUUCAUUCCUAAAUCACUGGGAAAUAUGAAAGGCUUGACAACACUGGAUUUAUCUAAUAACACUUUUUCUGGAUUGAUACCCAAAUCUUUACAAGAUCUCAGAUUCCUGGAGCAUUUCAAUGUGUCUUACAACAAAUUGGAAGGGGAAAUUCCGAACACGAACCAUUUUGCUAACUUUACUCCUCUAUCGUUUGUUCACAACUCUGCUCUUUGCGGAGCAGCAAGAUUUGAAGUGCUGCCUUGUGUAGAAGUUGAAGGAGGAUCAAAAUCGAAGAGUGUUGGUCGACUAAUGAAGUACAUUUUGCCUCCUCUAGUUUCAGCUAUUGUCGCAGUGGCCGUUGUAGUUUUACUCAUAAGACGACGGAAGCAUUUUAAAGUAGCAAUUCCAGUGGAUACUUCAUUAGGUAAUCCUUGGAGAAAAAUCUCAUACAUUGAACUCUCGCGAGCAACGGAUUCUUUUAGCGAGACGAAUAUGCUUGGGAGAGGAAGCUUUGGUUCUGUAUUUAGAGGGGUGUUUAAUGAUGGACUGAGUUUUGCUGUGAAGGUGUUCAAUUUAGAGUUGGAAGGCGGUAGCAAGAGCUUCGAAGUUGAAAGUAGAAUACUGAGCAAUAUUCGACACCGGAACUUAGUUCGAGUACUUGGUUGCUGUACCAAUAUGGAAUUCAAAGGGUUGAUUCUUGAAUUCAUGCCGAAUGGAAGCUUGGAGAAAUGGUUAUACUCGGACAACUAUUCUGUAGAUCUUCUACAGUUGUUGAAUAUCUCGAUAGAUGUUGCGUUAGCUCUAGAGUAUCUUCAUCAUGGCUAUACAUUCCCGGUUGUGCAUUGCGAUAUAAAGCCAAGCAAUGUGUUGCUCGAUGAGAACAUGGCUGCUCGUGUUGCUGAUUUUGGUAUUUCAAAGCUUUUUGAGGAAGGGGAGGCUAUGGUUCAAACUAAAACCUUGGCUACUAUUGGCUAUGCAGCACCAGAGUAUGGAUCAGAAGGGAAAGUAUCAACGAGUGCUGAUGUGUACAGUUUCGGAAUAUUAUUGUUGGAGAUGUUUACAAGAAAGAAGCCUACAGAUGAUAUGUUUGAUGGGGAAAUGAGUUUGAAAGAAUGGGUGAGUGAAGCAGUAGAAGCGGAUGCAAUCGAUCAAGUGUCGGCCUAUGGUAUGCUAUCAACAGAAAAGGAAUGUGUGACAUUUAUUUUUAAAUUGGCGAUGAAAUGUUUAGCUAUUUUACCGAAUGAAAGAAUGGAUAUGAGUCAAGUAGUAGGAAAUUUGCAAAAAAUAAAAGCCGAAGUGGUGGCAGGCCAAACCCAAAGGGGUAGACAACAUGCCAUUACCAUUAGUCCAUUACAUGAAUUGUAAUGAAGCAAGAAUAAGCAACUUCCAAUUCGGAAAAUUAUAUUAUAGCAUUGUUCUUUGACUUUGGCCACAAUGUGGAGAAGUAGUAUAUAUUAUCAAUUUGAAUC